AUGGCAGAUAAAAGGAAGAAUCCAGGUGCAGGGACGAAUCAUACGCUUUUUUCUGCAGGGUUUUUUAAAAAGCCACAAACCAGUGCAGGUAAUUAACUGAAUGAGCAGAGCAAUUUGUUUGGUAUUAAUUUGUUCAUUCAGUCGUGUCUUUUUGGGCAUUUAAUUGUGUUACGAAUAUUUACGGAUUUACGGUUGAAAGACUAAACUACAGUACAGAACUAAAUAUAAACUCCCAGGUUAAUGAAUAAUGAAUAAAUGUUUUUUAAUAGAGGCAUUUAUUCAUUGUAUAGCUUUUAAACACAUUUUUUUCAAAUGGUUUGUGUGUCAGUUUCACGGGCGUCACAACUAUGUAUAAUUGAAGUAGUGUAUAAAGGAAUUGGGGUUUUGCUUUAAAUUAUUAGUACUCGAAAAAAUAGUUUAAUAUUUAAGGCAGUAUUAUUUGUUUAACAAACUGUAUUAAAGACAGCAAUUUAUCCUUCAUUUUCCUUCACAUUCAGUCAGAAAUUUUGCCGCCAAAACUUACCAUCGUGUGAUGCUUGCUUAUUAUUUUUAUUAAUUUAUUGAUAUACAGAUACUAGACGGUAUCCUCAUUUAUGGAUACUGCAUGUCUAGUAUCAUUUCCUCCUCAAUUCAAAUAUUCUUUUUAUAAAAGUAAAAAGUUUCAAAUUUGAUCAGUGUGAUCUACAUGUAAUCUGGAUUAGAUAAAAUACAGACCACAUCUGCGGUCUGAUCAAGUCCACGUCUGCGGUCAAGACAUUUUACAGGCGACGAUCAAUCAGAAUCGACAGACUGAAUAUAUGUAAAUCCAAUAAAUUCCGUUUAGUACAUGCACAUAUAAAAUAACUGAACAUUGAUUUGGCCAAUUUUAGAACAAAGAGUGGAGCAAAACGACAGUGGGCCUGUUGUUGAUAUUCUUGAAUCUACACACAGUACAGUAACUUCAUCAGUUAACGAGAACACAAAGGAAGCUCCUGACCAUAACAUUGACAAGCCGGAAUCAGCGACUCAAGGCAAUACUGUGCUGUUUAGUGAUUCAAAUAGGAAGAUUAGUGUCACGCCUGUUUCAACAAAAGAUGCAAAACAACUCCUAGAAACCUCUUUUGCAGACUGUUCCCACCUACAUAGCUACUAUUGCUGUCAAGAAGAGCACUGCACAAAUAUUAGCAAAACAGAAUAUGAAAGAAUCAAGACAAUCACAAGGGACAAAUUUCAGCAUCACUGGAUAUUUGACAAGGAAUUGAGCUACUGUAAGAAAACUGG